AUGUUACUUACUACUCCGGCUCUCAGGAAAAAUAUGAGGGAUAUCUUGAGAUGGAUGGCAGAUACCUCAGGGUCUUUCUCUAUUACAUCAGCUUAUAGAUGGAGUCAAUUGGGUCAUGGAGCUAAUAGCAAGAUUAUUGAGUUCAUUUGGAAGAAUGUAUCUCCUCCUAAGGUUCAGUUUUUUGGUUGGUUAGCAUGGAAAGAGAGAGUCAAGUCAUCUAGCUAUCUGCAAAAAAUUGGUGUUCUCAAUGCUGGUUCAACUGUUAAUUGUAUUUUUUGUAAUGGAGAUGUAGAAAGUGUCUACUCAAUUGGUGGCCUGGUUUGGAAAUUAUCAAAGCAGUUGAAGUUAAUUUUGAAUGUUAUUCCUUUGGUUGUGCUCUGGUCCAUCUGGAAGCAGAGGAAUGACUAUCUUUUCAAUAGUGCUCAGGUUAAUAUUGAAGGUUUAUGUGACUCCAUCAAGGUGAGGAUUGCUUUGUGGAUCAAAUCCUCUUGCCCGGUUGUGUUGUACUCAGUCAAUGAUAUUGCGCAUCAUCUUCAACAGGUUAUAGUCUACCUUGGCUGA